AUGGCCAACAUAAACUGGCGAACCAUCAACAUAGACGCCUAUGACCCAGAAUCAUCCACAAACUUCGACCUCCAGACGGUCCUCCCCUCGACUCUUCCUUCGCCCUCCACAUCCGCCGAAUCCGCCCAAAUAGCCACUCAAGUCCGCCAGUUGUUACGAGCCGGCGACUCCCUCGGUGCCCUGCAAUCCGCCCUCGAGACCGCGCCGCUUGCCGGCGAUGAGCAAGCGAAACAAGUGCACACUACGACAGUACUCGAAGUGCUCCAGGGAAUCAGGCAAAGCGAAGUCAGCAAGAUCCUGAACGAGAUGUUGGGCCAGCCUGGCGGCGCAGCUCUGGGGGAUACGUUGAUGAAGUACUUGUAUAAGGGAAUGAGACAAGUAGUGGUGGUGGCGGUGGGAGCAAACAGGGGAUGA